AUGGCAGAGAUAGAGGUGCAAAUUCAGACAACACAACACCACCACCCUACCAUUUUUAAGAAAGCUAAAAGUCCUGUUACUGUGAGGUUUGAGGAUGUUGUUUACAAGAUUAAAACCAAGAAAGGAGGAAUCCUAAAGAAGAAGUCAAAAAUUGAAGAGAAAACAAUAUUGAAGGGAGUCACAGGCAUGGUCCUGCCUGGUGAAAUGUUGGCCAUGCUAGGCCCUUCUGGCAGUGGCAAAACAACUCUCCUCACUGCAUUGGGUGGCCGACUUGGAGGCCAUAUCAGUGGAAGCAUAACAUACAAUGGCAAGCCUUUUUCGAACCAAUUGAAGCGGAACACUGGAUUUGUCACUCAAGAUGAUGUCCUGUAUCCUCAUCUGACCGUGACUGAAACACUAGUAUUCACUGCUCUUCUCAGGUUACCCAAUACUCUCACUAACCAAGAAAAGGUCACACAUGCAGAGUCUGUGAUCACUCAACUUGGAUUGACCAGGUGCAAGAACAGCAUUGUAGGGAGUCAAUUCCUAAGAGGGGUCUCAGGAGGUGAGAGAAAAAGGGUAAGUAUAGGCCAAGAGAUGCUUAUAAAUCCAAGCCUGUUGUUUCUUGAUGAACCAACAUCAGGCCUUGACUCGACAACGGCUCAACGGAUUGUAUCAACACUGAGGGAGCUGGCUAAUGGAGGAAGGACGGUUUUGAUGACGAUACACCAGCCAUCGAGUAGUAUAUUUUACAUGUUUCACAAGGUGUUGUUGCUAUCAGAAGGUCAUCUUUUGUAUUUUGGUAAGGUAGCAGAGUCCAUGGAUUACUUUGCUCAUAUCGGAUAUUCCCCAUCAGUUACCAUGAAUCCUUCUGAUUUCUUGUUAGAUCUUGCGAAUGGCGUUUUAUCAUAUGAUGGCCGGGAGGCUGAAGCUGUAGUUAAGCAGACUCUGGUUUCGGCUUUUAGAACCAAUCUAGCUGACAGAUUGAAGGCAGAGCUUCGUGAAAUCAGCGGAGAAGUUCGUGAAGGUUUAGAAGACAAGCAGUCCACAAAGUGGACCACAACAUGGUGGCAACAGUUUUCAGUGUUGUUUAGAAGAGGGGUGAAAGAAAGGAAGCAUGAGACCUUCGACACCCUCACAGUUGUGCAGGUACUACUGGUAGCUUUCCUUUCAGGUUUACUAUGGUGGCAAUCUGGCAUUGCUCACAUACAAGAACAGAUGGGGCUUCUCUUCUUCUACUCAGGAUUUUGGGGCUUCUUACCUAUGUUAGAAGCCAUUUACACUUUCCCCCAAGAAUGCAUGAUGCUGGAAAAGGAAAGAUCUUCAGGGAUGUAUAGGCUGUCAUCAUAUUUCAUAGCGAGGACCGUGGGUGACUUACCCAUGGUGCUUGUCCUCCCCACAGUUUUCGUUACCAUAACCUACUGGAUGGGAGGGCUCAAACCCACAGCUGGAAACUUCUUGGAAACCCUAUCUGUUCUCCUAUUACAUGUGCUAGUCUCUCAAAGCCUAGGACUUGCCAUUGGUGCUCUGAUAAUGGACCAAAAAUCUGCCACUAUACUGGGAACAGUGACCUUGCUUUUGUUCACUCUAGUUAGUGGAUACUAUGUUCAGAAGCUGGCUUCCUUCAUAGCUUGGUUUAAGUACAUGUCUAUCCAUCAGUACACAUAUAAGCUGUUGUUGGGGUCACAGUAUAAGCCCAGUGACACGUACCCUUGCGCUACCACUGGCACUUGCUUGGUUGGGGAGUUGCCUUCUAUAAAGCUUGUUGGUCUUGAUGGGCAACUCAUCUCUGUGGUUACUUUGGCUAUGAUGCUUUUGAGUUACAGGUUCAUUGCUUAUAUUUCUCUAAUGAGGAUCGGAAGGACAAACAAAUAG